AUGAAGAAGCAUGGCAGUGAUCCAUUAUAUCCAUUAUUUUCAUCGCAUAGAUUCCUCGUUCUACUAGCUGGACAGUGUGAGCUGAACUUAACUCAGUUCACUGUCGCAUUGUUGCAUGUAAUCCGAUUUAUUUUGGCUUUCUGCGUCUUCGGUGCAGUAAAGGCCAAACGACAGACUAUUUCGGAGGAGGAUCCAAAUUCUCGAUUCCAAUGUCAGGGGUCACUUAGUGAUUACGCAGCUUGUCAGUGUCGCGAGCAGGAGAGCGAAUUAUCUUGCAUAAAUGCUCAAUUUGUUGAUACCGAUGUUUUCCUCCAUGUAAAUAAUCUUUACAGGCAUUUCCGAAAAGUGACGUUUCAUGGCAAUAACUUUCAAGACCUACCAGACAGUCCCUUAUUUGGACAAAAUGAACAUGAAAAUCUCGAGGUGCUCAACAUCUCAGCAAAUUACAUUGUGAAUUUGCAUUCCAAUGCACUGCGAGGGAUGCCAAAUUUAUUGGUGCUCGAUCUGAGCAAUAACGAAAUAGUGCUGAAAGAAGAGGACAUCACUUUUCUGUCGCACACUCCCAAAUUGAAGCAGCUCUAUUUGAGGCGAGCAUUCACACUGCUUGUCAAUCGUACUGUGCAAUUUUCUCUGAUGAUGCGAAUGUUCAAGACAGUUCAUUUGCAGCACCUUAAUUACAUUGAUCUGAGCUACAACUAUUUCACCAAACUACCCUACAAUUUACCCUGUCCAUUCCCUUCCUUGAGGUAUCUCGAUUUGCGCCAGAAUUUUCUGCAAACGAUCAAUCUUAAUACGACAUGUUUACCUAAAAUUGAGACUGUUGAUCUCAGCAGGAAUCAUAUCCAUCAGCUGGAUGAAACAUUCCGAGGAGGAAUCGGCAAAUAUGCACAGCCAAAUUCGUUGUUAUUAAAAAAUUCAUUUCAUUGUAACUGUGAAAGUAUUGCUUAUAUCGAAUGGAUACGCAGCACAGAUAAAAUUCGUGACAAGCAGCAACUUGUAUGUCAUCGAGCCAGUCCACCCGACUAUGCUGGAGUUGAGUUAGUCAAUGUACCGUUGGAAAAGUUAGAUUGUACCGUAUCACUUGUCCUCACACCAAAUACUGGUAAUACACUCUUCUCAGCAACAUUUCUCCUUUUUACAGUGUUCCUCUGGUAA